UCCAUAAGCAGUGCUCUUUCGCUUCUGAUUGGUGCGUGGAGAAGCCCGUGUGUGUACUGGCGUGGGAUAGCGAUCCUCGGCAUCCACUGAAACGACGACGUUGCAGAUUCAGAGUCCUAUACAACGCGAACCUCCUCGUUGAUUGACUAAGGGUACAACCCCAGUUUCCGCCUAUAGAACGGCGGAUAAUCAAGGCAGACGUACACCCGAGCGUCACGCAGCACUCGAUUUCCUUCUUCCCAAAGAGGAAAGUGAAGAGCUUCACCAAAAAUAAACACUGGAAAAUUCUCAAAAUCUGGGAAGAAGAAGAGAGAGGAGCAGAUGCAACCGACACGUGGCGGUGAAGUCAAUAGACUCGCCCGUUUCCGCUCAGCUCCGGCAACGUGGUUGGACACACUUCUCGAAGAAGAAGAAGGAGAAGAAGAGGACGACGACUCGUUGAAGCCGACCCAGUCACUGACUCAGCUGCUCGCUGGCUCCGGCGGUCCCGCCGGUGGGUCCGGAGGUUACAUUCCUGCCUCGGAUCCGAGCAUGUUCGACGGCGCCGGUGCGCAAGGGUUUCUCCGGCAGAGCAGCUUGCCGACGGAGUUCCUCUCCCAGAUCAAUUCGUCGGAGGGCUAUUUUUCGAGCUUUGGGAUUCCAGCAGGGUUCGACUACGCGGCGUCGCCGGCAGUGGAUGGCUCUCCAACAGGGAAGCGGGCGAGGGAGUUGGAAUCGCGAAGUUCGUCUAGGAAAUUUUCAUCUCAGUCGAAAGGGGAGCAGAGUUCUCGAUUAACCGGUAGCGUGGCAAGCUUACUGGAUGUGGACAUGGAAAAGCUUUUAGAGGAUUCAGUACCCUGCAGGGUUCGGGCCAAGCGGGGUUGUGCUACACAUCCUCGCAGCAUUGCAGAAAGAGUUCGGAGGACCCGAAUCAGUGACAGAAUAAGGAAACUUCAGGAACUUGUGCCCAAUAUGGAUAAGCAAACAAACACUGCAGAUAUGCUAGAAGAGGCAGUAGAGUAUGUCAAGUUUCUACAACAAAAAAUUCAGAUUUCGUAUUUCCAUUUCUUUCUGUCUCUGAUCCAAAAGAAAUUAAAUUGAUGAUAAAGGUGUCAAUGUUAGAAAGUCAAGGACACUGCAGUGUCAUUUGCCAGUGAUUCAAUAUGUACUUAGUGUUGAUAGAAAGGCAGGUUUUCACAUAGCCGAAACACAAAAAACAUGACAGGAACUGUCCGAGCAUCAAAAAAAAUGCACAUGCUUAGCUAGAGAAUAACAUGAAGAUGCCCAAGAGUACGUCCCGGAAAUUUAGUAUAUUCAUUGUAACAAAAGGUCUCAAUCAGAGGUUAAUCAAGGUAUUCGGCUGUCCUCUCGAAGAUGCAUGCACGUUGCAAGGUACUCGUAUAUUCAACUAUUUUUAUGUUGAAUUCUUCUACAAUGUGUAAAUGUUGGCUGAUCAGAACAGCGCCAUAACUGUAGAAUCAUCAAGAAACUUAUCCAAUUCAUCUAGGCAAAAACUUCACUCUGAAGUUCUCUCUGGGUGUGGUUAUAGUUGUAAAGUGUUGUACACUAAUAUUUUCUUUAGCUUGCUACUGAACAAGCUCCCUCACUCCAAAUAUUUGGGAACUUGUAGUUCAUAAAACCCAGCUGUUUAUAUAUCAAAAUACUACUGGAUCAAUAACAAUCUUUGUUGUAUCAUGAA